AUGUCAGGCAUUCUCAACGAAGCCGCCACCCCGUGCCCCUCGAGGGCGAGGUCCUCAAGAUUCGGUGAACGCAACAGUAGAAGCGACACUUUCGACAGCCUGUUGGGCGAUGACUCGGCAUUUGAACAGACAGGAGAGAUCGAGUUCACCACCGAAGUACGCGCGCCCAUUUUGACGGGUACCCGUCCCCGACGAGCCCAUCAAGCCGGAUCGGCUUUCCAAAUUCACGAAGAAACUGAGAAGCCAGCGGGCCCUGCGGAGAAGCGCCGACGACCGAAUGGAUUGACGCAACAACUCCCAAAUCGCAAAUCGUCUCUGCUGGCUCAACCGGCCCAGAGAUUUCGGCCAAAAGUCAACUUUGAUCCCAGCCCGCCAUCUCGAAUCGCAAGACAAGAACCAGAAACGCAGCCCAAGACGAAGCGAGUGGGAUCAAAGACUAACCUGGAAAACCUGUCCCCGGUGCGGAUUAACAACCAAGGAUCCGAGAAGAAGGGUCGCGUCAAUGACCUCAAAAGGGGUGUGCGUCGCGAUACUGUGUAUAUCCCGCCGGACGACACGACCGUCGCCAGUGUUUUCAUGGGCCUGUUCAGCCCGAUGAAAAAGCAGCAGCAGUCCGCAGCGUCACAAAUUCCGGAAGAAACCACCCAGAUCAACACACUGGAGGCACAGAUUGCAAAACGGCACGCUAGAAAAUCACUGGCAGUGUCUGCACGCAGAGCUCCACUCCAGCCAAGCCAGAAGAAUGCCCAAGAGACUGCACUUCGAGUCGACAUUGCCGGCAAGAAUGGCGGCAAGGAAAACAUCCCCCCGGGAACACUUGUCGGUGCAAAAGAUAAAACCUCCGUUGAUUAUGCCCGGCCGCUGAAGCCCGGCCGAACUAGCAUUGCACCAGAACGGAAAUCGGCUCGCCGAGAUACCCCACGGCCGCCUGCAAGCCCCAAGUUAGAGCAACCUUCUGCCAGAAAGACGAACCCACCGCAGAAAAAGCGAUCGGUGCUGGCUGAACGACAGAACGAGGUGAAAAUCCAGACAUAUUCCGUCAGUCAAGAGAAGGAUGCUGCCGCGGUGCCCAAAAGGCCAACGGAAAAGGCUUCUUCUGUCAAUGGGCGAACCACUGUCCGGCCUGGUCUCUCCACGAGCCGAUCUUCUUCUAGCAUGAGGAGUGUACCCUCCAACCCCAAGCUGAAGAAGUUGAACCUGGAAUACCCAUUGCUUGUCGAGAAUAUCUCCAAACCAUCUCUUUAUGAUGACGACUGGCUCUCGCACCAGGAGAUUGUGAUAACCCAGCUGGUCAACGCGUUAUUUGAGUGCACGGCCACCAACAUAAAUGCCUUGGACGCAGAUGGCCUUCGCCUAGAAUUGCUCGAACUUUACCACACAGAUCACUUCACUCGUCUCUACAAGCGGAUCCAAGCAUCUCUUUCGUGUGGGGCGCUGAGUAUCCCACGAGAUAUUCUUAUCCAAUACCCCCGGGUCAAGAAAGAUGUUGGAAUCCAGCGAAAGUUCUUGGACCUUUGGACCCAGACGUAUGACAUUCAUACAUUGGUGGCUGCAGCAGAGACCGUCGUUGGACGGAGAGUUUCGAAUGAACGGAUCUCUUUUGGGUCUGUCACCGAGAACGCCCAAGAGAGCACAACUGGUCACAAGAAAGCCAUGGUCAGGAAGGCGGAGGGCUUUCUGGACACGUUUUUGUUGCGAAAUGAUGACAUGGUCCAGUCUGCAGAGAAGAGAGACACUCCUGCAGAAGAAUCGGCCAAGGCGUAUCGCCGCACUAUGCUUCGGUGCAUCAUGCUUGUUGCUCUUUUGGACAAGACUAGACAAUCGCUCGCAAGUGCUGUGCCUCGCCAGCUUUUUGUCGCCUCAUCUCCGUUCAAAUCUUCUGCCGACCUACUCCAAGCUUUGGCUCGUCUGCUCCUCCCAUCUUGUGGGGACAUCAUCAAACCCUUAGGGCACCUGGACUGCCAUUUGACGUACAAGCAGCACAAGCUACAAGAGUACAGCUACCAAAUCGACAACAUCGCGGUCGAUUUCAGAGACGGUGUGCGCCUGACGAGAAUUGUCGAGGUCCUAUUUUUCUUGCCCAAUUCUGGAGAUCAAACCGAGAUCUCUUUAUGCACCGGAGAUGUUCUUCCACUCUUUGGCGAAGACGCAGACCUUCCGCUAUCCAAGCAUUUAAAGGUGUCAUGUGCCAGUCGUGCAGCCAAGAUUUUCAAUGUGCAAAUUGCUUUGGGAGCCUUGAGCUCCCUGGAGGGCUCCAACGCAAUUAUUGGCGAUAUCCGUGCGGAGGACAUCGUGGACGGCUACCGUGAGAGGACCAUUGCACUCCUCUGGGCGCUUGUUAGCAGAUGGGGCCUUGCAGGACUGGUGAAGUUGGACGAUGUGAGCAAGGAGAUUAAGCGACUGAAGCGCAAGGCCAUCUCCGAACUUGGGUACGCACAGAUCAAAGAUGAGCACUGGUUUAAGGGUGACGGUAUGGAUGGCGGUGAGCAUGCGCAACUCCAGCAAUGGGCAUCCAUCUUGGCGGCACUAAAGGGUCUUCGUAUCGACAAUAUGACAACCAGCUUCGCCGAUGGACGGGUCUAUGCGAGCAUUGUGGAUGAAUACGAGCCGUUCAUCGCAGGCAAAAAAUCAUCUGGCGUUUCGCUGGAGGCACGUCUUGAACAUCUGGGAUGCAGCUCACAGUUUGCAUUCCUUGUCUCCCCGACUUUGGCAUCCUCACGUAUUCUGGACGCUGACUCCACUCUGGCCGCUCUUGCAUUCCUCUGCUCGCGACUGCUUGCCGCCUCGAGACGCUCACGAGCAGCCACUACGCUGCAGCGCGCCUGGCGGACAGUUUCAGAGGAGCGAGACGCCAAUCGGCGUGCUGUUGCGAAAAGUCUCGCUACGCAGUGCGCCGCCGUGGUUCAGACACGAGACCAGAUCUUGUGGGCUAAGAGAGUGAUUGUCGAGUGGUGGAGGACGACCGAAGCUCGGAAACAGCAGCAGCGCGCAAGAUAUGUCCAGCCUGCGCGAAGGUUCAAUCGCUAA